AUGGUCGACCACCCCUUCUCCGGCACGCCCCGUGGCCCCUCCCCCCGCACGCCAACCAUGCCGCCACACGACGCCCUUCGCGCCCUCCUCCAUGCCUUUCUGCACGUGACGCUGCGCGACGGCCGUAUCCUUAGCGGCAAUCUGCUGGCCGUUGACGCGUCCGCCUCCCUCCUCUUGUACGAUGUGCACGAGACCCGCACCCUGCCGAAGACGGACGUCGGCGCCAACGUUGCGCAGUACUACCCGUGGUCACGGCCACGGCCCGAGGAAGGUUCACACGAUCCGAGUGACGGAGAUGGGGGUUUUGUGCGCCGGCGCGAACUCGCGAGCGUGCUCGUUAACAUGCGGGAUGUCGCAGCCGUCGAGAUGGGAGAAGAGGACGCGGCGAGUUGGUCGCGCUUUGCCUGCGUGGCGUUCGAGAAGGGUCAGGCUGUGCCUCCUACAGCGCCGUCUCCGGUGAAGGUGUAG